AGCCGCCCUCCGCCGCCCUGGCACCCCCCGCGCGGACUCGCUGUGGAAUCCGCGGCGGAGGGGGCGAAGGGUCUGCGCGGCGCUGCGUCCGGGAGACAGUGGGCGCCAACAUUCGCGCGUUGCGCACACGCGGGCGGGCUCCCUUCCAGCCGCAGCCGGACGACCCCGGGGCCGUCGGGCCGGGCCGGAGUGUGGAGCAGGGCGGCCGCGGGCCUGCUGGCCUUGGGAGGGCAGAGAGGUGCCUGUUGCGGCCGGCGAUCUCCCUGCCAGGCCGGGCGGUCCCCGCGCACAACGCGCCUGCGCGGGAGGCCCCCAGCCCGGGGUCUGGCGUGGAGGCCGCAGGCGGCCGGCCUAGCGGGUGGGAGGAAGGGCCGGGAGUGGGCGCGGUGGGCGAGAGCGGGUGCGGACGCUGACGACAUCUCCGUCGCACCCGGGCCUCGAGGAGGACUUCGGGCCGCGCAGAGCUCGAAGACUUGCACAGUCUUAGCUAAAGAAGAUACUGAGGCAGCUGUUCAAUCAAUAUUAUACAGAGAAAAUUAUGUAAUUAAGGAACUAAAUAAGUAUUUACAACAUCAUGCCUUCUUAAAUGCAAGAAGAAAGGAGAUGUUAUAUAAAAGAUGGGUUGACCAUGUGGCAGAUCCUCUUCAGAAGAAAAUUAUAGAAAAAGUUUGCUCACAUAAGAAGAUUAAAAAGAGGAGGCAAGAGGAAUUAGAUGGCUUUUUAAAACAUGUAAAUAAAAAGGGAAAUGCAUUUAUAGAACAUUAUGAUCCAAAAGAGUAUGAUCCCUUUUAUAUGAGCAAGAAGGACCCCAAUUUUCUGAAGGUUACCAUCCCACCAUUUCGUGACCCUUUGAAAAAAGCACAAUAUGACAAAGAUAAUGAAAAAAGAACUCUUCUUCAGUGUGAGACUGGCAAAAUAUAUUCAAUAAAAGAAUUCAAAGAAGUUGAGAAGGCUCAGCUGCAUUCCAGAUUCCCACAAAUUUCUAAUUCAAGGCACUUUAUGACUCCAAAUGAGUGGCUGAAACUGCCUACAAGAUACAUAGAAAGUGAAUUUUGUAAAAGGAGAAGGUUAAAAGUGAAAGUGAAUUUUAAUGACUGUAGUUUUGAUUUGAAACCCUUGGCAAGAGCUCCUUAUCUUUUGGAAUCCCAGGAAGAAGAAAAAACAGUUAUUUACAAAAACAAAGGGUCAUCCUUUCUAGAAAGAGAACCGCUGUGUUAUCGAGACGGAAAGAAUCCAAGUGCCAAAGAGGCCAUCUCUGAAGGGUAUUUUUCUUCCUUGAGCCUCAGCCAGGAAGGAGGCGAACGGGAGGAAGACCAGAAUGGGUCUCCCUCCCCCCAUUUGGGGCUGCUGAAGCUGGAGCUACAAGAAAGAAGAGGGAGGUUUCAGCAACCAAGGAGCACGCACUCUGAUCCUUGAUUGGUGAAAGGAUACGCAAAAUCAGGCUGCUUCAGAGGAAGUCAUCUGCUCGCAGGAAUCAGGGUGAAGGCCAAGGAAGGCACUCAAGAAUUGUCCUGUCUCUAAAAAAAAAGCAUCUGCAACAAACUUCCUUUAAUUUUUGAGUUCAGUGUCUGUGAUAAUUAAGAAAUGGCAAUACCAUGUAUUUUCCCCGGAAGUUAAGAAAUAUUGCUGAAUGAACCAAUAAAAAUAAUUACAGCUCCCU